UCGAUCUCCUGCUCCCUUCUUCCCCCAUUCGUGAACAAGAUCCCCAGAUACUUAUAACUUUUAACUAUUAACAUAAGUAUAUUCUUCUACACCUUCUCCGCUGCUGCUGGAGGAAUUAGGUCUCCCCUCGGACCUAAACUCGCCCAGGAGACAGAGGCCGCGGCAGAGGUCAAAGAGGGAGUCGAGCGGAGCAGUUCCUGCCAGUCCGAACCCGUGGCUGGGAUCGCGGCUGGUACUUUGCCCUCCCGGAUAUGGACCUCGCCGUUACUGCCACCCUGAGGCGCCGGAGAUUCCGGCCCCUGGGCACCGACGUCAACACCGCCUUGAGCUGCCGGAGGUCCCGGCCCCUGGGCACCGACGCCGCCCUGAGCCGCCGGAGGUCCCGGCCCCUGGGCAAAGCCUGCAGCUGCCUCCGGUUCCCGCGCCGAGGCGGCGUCUGUCUCCGCCCCCAGAGUUCCCCGUGCCCGCUGCUGAUGAGCAGCCACCUUGCUUCCCCGAGUUUCCCUUGGCUCCACCCCCUGAGUUUGCUGACGACCCGAGUCCGCUGCUGGUGUGCAGCUCCCCAGUGCUCCUCCCGAGACUUCAGCCGGCCGUUCUGCCGGCCUGCCAGAACCUGCCGCUGGUGCGGCGUCCCCAGUGUCUGCUAGGCCCGAGCUCCCAGUGUCCUGCUAGGCCUGAGCUCCCAGUGUCCUGCUCCGCCCGGCCGCGGCUCAAGCUCCGCCUCCUGCGUCGCCGCCCACCGCGGCUCAAGCUCCGCCUCCGACUUCGCUACCCUCCGCGACCUCUGCUCCGCAUCCAACGUCACCAUCCACCGUACCGCCCACGUGAGCUUCACCUCCUGUGCCAUGGGCGGUCCCCGGACUGUUUUCUUGUGUUGAGUUCCUGUUUGGAUUUAGUUCUGUUUUCUGGACUAUAAUUUUUGUUCAGUAUAAAAAGUUUAAAAAUAAGGACAGAAUUAAAUUAUCUUACAUGAAGUACAGUUUAUAUUAAAUAAUUGUACAGGUCAUUACCAGAUUAUUUUUAUUACAAAGACAAGUCCAACCUUGGAAUGGAAAGAAUGUGUACUUUUCCCCGUGACUGCUCAUAAGAAAAUCCUCAGCAUUUACUUGUUUUUGUUUUGUUUUUUAGAUCUGAAGUCAGGAAAAUGAAACUCCAACCCUGCUUUUGCUUUCCUUUGCUUUCAAAACCCAUGUGUUUCCAGCUCUGUGGAAGACAAGCAGAGAAGUGGGUGAAUAUAGUCUCACAUUCUCUCUCUGGUGAGUAAGCACCAAUUUAUGUUUCUAGCAAUCUUUAUUAACUGACUGGAGGAAUGGGGAUGUCUGACAGUUGAGCUGGAGCAUUUCUUGGACACAUCCAAAGGAGCACUUUCAGGUCAGAUCCUGAAAUGAGGGAAGAUGGAGGAAAUGAGGUGUGCUGAUGACUUGUGUUCCCUCACUAAUCUGAUUUGUUCAGUGUGGUUGACUCUCAAGCUGGUGUGGGAAAAUAUUUCUGGAAGACCUGAGGGAGCCAUCACAAAAAUGACCUUGUGUGCAGCGUGACACACACUGUGCUCCUCAGGUUUCCCAGUCAGCCUCACCGCUCUGAUACUUUAGCCUCGGGGUCAUUGCUGCUCCGUCAUGCCCAGAGCUCCAACUACUUACCAUACAUUUCCUUUGACAGAGGUUUCUGUUUCCUCUCUGAGUGUCAUCACACACAGCAGAGGGAGGAGGUCCAAACUGUGGAGUUCUGCUCUCCAGAUGGUGCCUCACAUGGCUCUGUGCAAAUACGCUCCGCUGGUUCUAGUGGGAGUUGUGGUUUUGGCAGCCAGCGGGAUCAUAGGAGACCCUCUCUAUGAGUGUCUCCAGGACGCUGACUACAGAGAGCUCCUGGACAUUGUGACGAACGGACUCCCAGCUGCCAGGAUGCCUCGACACGUGGCAGUCAUCGGCGGGGGCAUGGCUGGACUGACCGCUGCCAGGGUCUUAGAAGAUGCAGGACAUAAGGUGACCAUAAUAGAAGCUAGUGAGCGAAUCGGAGGACGGGUGGAGACCUUCAGGAACAGAAGAGAAGGCUGGUAUGCAGAAGUGGGAGCAAUGAGGAUCCCAAGCUUCCAUAAGAUUCUACUUUCCUUUAUCUCCAAAUUGAAAAUCCCACUGAAUCCCUUCAUCCAAGAUGACAUCAACACCUACUACUUGGUAAACGGAGGCCUACACAAAACCUACACCGUAAAAAACAACCCCAGCGUGCUCAACUACAGUUUGCAUGACAGAGAGAAGGGGAAGUCAGCCGCUGAACUCUUCAGUCAGACACUCUGGAAGGUGAGGGAUGACCUAAAGGCAUUGGGCUGCAGUGGAAUGCUGAAUAAAUAUGACUCCUACACAGUGAAGGAAUAUUUGGUGAAGGAGGGCAACCUGAGCCGCGGCGCAUUGAGGAUGAUCGGCGACAUCCUCAAUGAAAACAGCCUCUUCUACACGUCCUUGAUAGAGAUGCUGUACAUACAGACCGACAUCAAUGACAACACACAGUACUUUGAAGUGACAGAUGGUUUUGACCAACUUCCCACAGCUUUCUACCAAGUUUUAAAUGCCACAAUCCUGCUGAACUCCAAAGUGAAGCUAAUUGAUCAAACAGGCGGGGCUAAUGUGACUGUAACAUAUGAAGACUGGCGGAACUCAGGUUCCCUGUCAAAAGUGACAGUGGAUUAUGCCCUUGUUACGGCCACAGCCAAGGCGACCCUCUUUGUUGACUUCUUCCCUCCUCUGUCUGGUAACAAGAUGGAGGCCCUGCGCUCUGUUCAUUAUGCCAGCUCCACAAAGGUGGUGCUCAGUUUCAAGGAACGCUUUUGGGAGAAAGAAGGCAUCAGAGGAGGGAAAAGCAUCACUGACCGACCGUCUCGCUUUAUCUACUACCCCAGCCAUGGGUUCCCAGGUACCACUGCAGGGGCCCUCCUGGCUUCCUACACCUGCUCUGAUGACUCCACCCUUUUUCAAGGCAUGAAUGAGGAGGAUCUGAUGGCAGUAGCUCUGGAGGACUUGGUGAAAAUCCAUGGGGAGUAUAUCCGAUUGCUCUGCACAGGAGGUCUGGUGAAGAAGUGGGGCCUGGACCCUUACAGCUUUGGAGCCUUUGCCUUGUUUAUGCCGUACCAGCAGGGACACUACGCACGAGAACUGUUCCAGAGUGAGGGACGGGUGCACUUCGCCGGGGAACACACAGCAACUCCUCAUGGGUGGAUCGAAACUGCCAUGAAGUCUGCUCUCAGAGCAGCUAAGAAUAUCAACAGCUUGACUCUGUAGCGUCAUGUCUGUUUUUUUCUCAGAAAAAAAAGCUAAAAAUAGUUCAGCUUUUUAGAAUCUUUUCAAUAUCAUGAGCCCUGGUCCAUUCUCCGCCUGAUGCAAGAUCUGUUUUAUUGUGAUGUGGAGAUGUUGCUAGGUCUCAGUAUCAAUAGUUUUAGGUGUAUUUCAUUGAAGAAAAAUGUUUUAAGUCAUUCAAACUCAGCGCUGAUUCUUGCAUAAAUUGUCUUUUUCUUGCUCUUCCAGUUUUUACCACUUUUUCUUUUCUUCAUGGCUGCUUCCAUGAUACAAACAUCUACGGAAACCAUUUCAGUAAAAGGUGCCAACUCGCUGCUGAGUGCACAUGAAUACAAGCAAUAAAAACUUGCUCUUGGAUCAACAGAUGACUAAGUUCUGUUUUUAAUAUAGUGCUCACUUAUCCUCUUUCCAAUACUGCCCUGGGCAAUUACCCAUAUCAAGAACAGGACUGAUCGAAAUGAAUCCAUUUAGCUUUGUAGAUUUUAAAGUUUUUAAACAGAAUGAGAUUUUUAAUAACUGAUGACUUAAUAUCAGUAAAUGGGGAUUUUAGCUCAACCUUAAAAAUUUGCAAAGCAGAGUAUUAGGACACUCCGAUUUUUAACAUUUCUAGUAUUUUGCUUGUUGCAGCCUCUUUAUACUUCAGCAAUUACUAUGUUUUUACUCAAAUUAAAUUGUGUCUUUAGUUCACUAACUUUAAAUGAACUGUUCUAAAUUCAAAGUUAUCAGGACAAACCCAAAACUUCAUGUUUUCAUAUGUUGUGGAAAUCAUUGUCUUGUAGUUUGUUUUUGAGCUUAAACGCUAUUGCUGUUCUUUUCCCACACUACACCAGGGAUGUUGUUUUCACUGACCUGAACACCACCACUAAGUUUUCAUCAUAACAACCAUAUUUUUUGUUUGAUGGUUAAUGUCAUAGUAAUUAGGAUCAAAAAUAGAAUCCCUAAGCCCCCCCCUGCCCCCCAAAUAUUAUUUAUUCAUGUGAGACAACUGCCUCCUGUAUGUUUCAAUAAAACAAGAUUGGAACAUUGAAGGUGCAUUGUGACGUUAUAUCACCUGACAGUGUCAGUUAUUUAAAAAAAUUAUUGAUAAAUGGUCAAAAACUGAAUCAAUAUAUUAGCUUUUUUAAAGAUUAGUGAUCAAAAAGAAAACGGUAAUCGGUGCACCACUAGUUUUAAAAUCACCAAACACAAUGGGGAAUAGUAAAAGGUACCUUUCAGUAAGCACUUUGUAUUCCCUUGUUGCUGAAAAUGUGCUAUAUAAAUAAAAUGACCUUUACCACUGUG